GGGAAGCACUGCAGUCCCGUGAGAGAAAAGCAUAUUCACUUUAUUUUAAUAAACAUUUAUAGAGAGAAAUUAGUCAUAAUGUCUAUUAAUACAGGACACGGACUUCCUUUCCUGCCAGGAAACACAUUUCGCGAUUUAACGAAAUCUGCUUUCCACCGAGCUCAGACUCUUGAUUUUAAGAACGGGUACGCUCAGCCCCGGCGGCCCGUGGUGGGUAUCGGUCAAGACCCGCUGCUGUCGGUGAACAUCAGUCACAGCGAGAGGAACCAGCUGAUCACCGACAUCCCUAACCUGACCUACGGUACCGAUAGAUCACACCUGCCACUAGAGUUCAUACCGGCACACGCUGCUUAUGACAAGAAGGUGUUGCGUUUCUAUGGUUAUUUCCGUCAGGAAGUGCUUCACUCUUGGGAUGAGCACUUCCGCAUUCGUCCAGUGGUGUUUUACUAUCACCUGGAGGAUGACAGCAUCUGUGUGACCGAGCCGCCGGUGGAAAACUCUGGAAUCCCUCAGGGAAAACUGAUCAAGCGGCAGAGACUGAGCAAAAACCCACGUGGAGAUCUGUACCACUGGAAGGACCUGAACGUGGGGAUGGACAUCAACUUGUUUGGAGAGGUUUACAGGAUCACACACUGCGACCCCUUCACACAGGACUUCAUGGAGAGUCAGGGAAUUGUACUGAAUGAAUUUGAGUCCAUUCCCAGUGACCCGUACACUGCCCGCCGUGCUCACAACCAACAAACCCACAUCACACCCUAUGACCACAACCAUCAGCUGGAGCGAUUCCUUGCUCUGGAUCGACAGGUGCUGCGCUUCUUUGCGCUCUGGGACGACUCAGACUCUCUCUAUGGGGAGAAACGGCCUGUAACUCUACAUUAUUAUCUGGUUGACGACUCCGUGGAGAUCUGUGAACAUCACGAGGCAAACAGCGGCCGGGACCCAUUUCCAGUGCUGCUCCGCCGACAGAAGAUCCCCAAACACAUCAAACCAACCUGCGAGCCGUUCCCCAGCUGCGUUCUGGAAGUUUCUCCUCAUGACGUGAAGGAGUAUUUCUGUCCUCAAGACUUCAGGGUCGGCGAGGAGGUUAACCUGAUGGGGAGACGAUUCCUGCUGUACGACUGUGAUGACUUCACACACAAAUACUAUCAACACCAUCAUCCCGACAUCCCCAUCAAACCCUUCACUGUGGACACCAGAACACAGCAGGACAUCAAGAGGGUGAUUCCUCCGUAUAAUGGUUUUGGUUCUCUGGAGGACUCUCUGCAGAACUGCCUGUCUCUGAUACCUCAACCGCCCAAGAAAAAUGUGAUCAAACUGCUGGAGAACGACCAUAAAGUCCUGCGUUACGCUGCACGCCUGGAUUCCCAGAAUCGCCUGGACGAGGGCCGGCGCUUCAUUCUGUCUUUCCACCUCGCCGAUGACAUGAUCAGCAUCUUUGAGAAAUCCACACGUAACUCCGGCAUCAUUGGGGGGAAAUUCCUGGAGAAAACUCGCAUUCCCAAACCUGGAAGCACAGCGGAAAAGCCUGAAUACUACCAGCCUGCAGACCUGUGUGUCGGAGCCACAGUGGAGGUGUUCGGUCAUCGGUUUGUAGUGACGGAUGCUGACCGCUUCGUCUUGAGUUUUCUAGAGUCUCAGUCUCAUCAGACCCCUGAACACACACUCUCUUCACUCAGACACGCCACGGACCCACAACAACUACAUCCAGAGUGUGAUGAAGCUGCAGUCCUCCAGCAGAGCUGAUCAUCUGGAGCCUGAUUGGCUGAUUUCUCUUAUGUAAAUGUGCAAUAAAAACACAUCUGCAUAA